UUUCACCUGUUAUGGCUGGAAUUUUGUUUGAAGAUAUUUUCAACCUGAAAGAUAUUGACCCUCUCGGCAAGAAGUUUGACAGAGUUUCUCGUCUUCACUAUGAGAGUGAGUCGUUCAAGAUGGAGCUGAUUCUGGAUGUAAAUACUCAGGUGUAUCCUGUAGAUCUUGGUGACAAGUUUAGAUUAGUAAUUGCCAGCACUCUCUAUGAGGAUGGUUCACCAGAUGAUGGAGAAUACAAUCCUGUGAAUGACAGACCUUCAAGGGCAGGCCAGUUUGAAUAUGUGAUGUAUGGCAAGGUAUAUCGAAUUGAAGGGGAUGAGUCAUCGACAGAGGCUGCGACCAGAUUAUCAGCAUAUGUAUCAUAUGGUGGGCUUUUGAUGAGGCUACAGGGGGAUGCAAACAAUCUUCAUGGCUUUGAAGUGGACACCAGGGUUUAUCUGUUUAUGAAGAAACUUGCAUUUUAA